AUGCGCUCGCAGCCGGUGUGCAGACACCCCGAAACUUUGCGGACUGGCGCCGCAGCGGCGUUCAAAAACUCAGCAGCAGCAGCAGCUGCGCCUGAACAGCCCCUGGUGAAACGUACCGUCAGCGACUGCAGCAGCAGCCGCAACUGCAGCAGCAGCGACAGCAGCUGCAGCAGGAGCAGCAGCAACUGCAGCAAGGGCAGCAACUGUAGCAGCAGCAGCAGAAGCAGCAGAAGCAGCAACAACUGCACUGAGGAAGCACGCGGGUGCAUGCACAGAUGUUCAGCGGACCCCACAAAGGCAAAUGCCGUUCAGAAUUUGUUGCUGCAGCAGCAGCAGCAGCUGCUGCUGCUGCAACAAAUUCUACUGAUUAUUAUGCUUUUGCUACCGCCGUUGCUGCUGCUGCUGCUCUUGCCGUUCCUUUCUCCAUUUCUGCAGUUGCUGCUGCUGUUGCAGCUGCUGCUGUUGGUGCUGCUGCGAUUGUUGCUGCUGCUCCCCUUGCUGUUGCUGCUGUCGCUGCUGCUGCUGCUGCUGCUAAAACGCGGUUAUUCGCGGAAGGGUUUGGCGGAGUUCAACCUGGGUCGUGUGGAGGAGGCGGAGCGGAGUUACAAGAAGGGUUUGGAGUUGGAACCCUCGAACGAGGGUUUGCAAAAGGGUUUGAAAGAAGUGCAGCAGAGCAGCGCGGGUUUGCGGGAAGUGCAGGCCCUCUGGGCUGUCUCUACAGCUCUCAGCAGACACCCCAAACUCCAAAAGUACUCUCAACAAGACCCCAACUAUUCCCAAACCCUCGCCAAACUUCUUGCCCAAGUCCAGGCCAACCCCAGCAGUUUGCGGCUCGUCAUGGCCCAGCCGGACGUGCGCAUCCGGGAGGGCAUGACGGUGCUGCUGGGGGGCACUCUGGAGGAGGAGGAAGAGCCUGCUGCUGCUGCUGCUGCUUCGGGAGCAGCAGCAGCAGCAGCAGCAGCAGCGCAGCAGCCCCCCAAAGAACUCACCCCCGAGCAGCAGCAAGCUGAAGAAAAGAAGAAAGAAGGAAAUGAACUUUACAAACAAAGAAAGUUCGAAGAAGCUUUGAAAGCUUACGACGAGGCCAUUGCCCUCGACCCCAACCAGCUCCUCUACCUCAACAACAAAGCCGCUGUGUACAUGGAAAUGGGCGACUUUGAGAACUGCCUGAAGGAGUGCGAGAAGGCGCUGGAGAAGAGGUACGAGGUGAAGGCGGACUACGAGGUGGUGGCGAAGGUCUACAACCGCAUGGCCGCCUGUUUUGCGCGCCAAAAAGAUUUUCAAAAGGCAAUUGAGAUGUACGAAAAGUCUCUUUGCGAGUCCAACACUCGCCAGACGCGAGCAGCUCUUGCGGAAGUCAAAAGACUCAAAGAAAAGGCCGACAGAGAGGCUUACGUCGACCCCGAGAAGGCCGAGCAGCACAAACUCCGCGGCAACGAAUUCUUCAAAAACAACGACUUCCCCAACGCCAAAAAGGAGUACGACGAGGCCAUUCUGAGGAACCCGAAGGACGCGAAGCUGUACAGCAACCGCGCAGCAGCACUUACCAAAUUAUUUGAAUAUCCUUCUGCCCUUAAAGACUGCGAGACUGCGUUGAGUCUGGACCCGAGCUUCGUGAAGGCGUGGAGCCGCAAAGGGACUCUCCACUUUUUGUUGAAAGAAUAUCCAAAAGCUUUGGAAGCUUUUGAAAAAGGACUUAAAAUAGACCCCAGCAGCAAAGAGUGCCUCGAAGGCAAAAUGCAAGUCAUCCGCAAAGUGCAGCAGCAGCAGCAAACCGGAGAGGUCGACGAGGAACAAAUGAGACACGCCAUGGCCGAUCCAGAAAUUCAGCAAAUUCUUCGGGACCCCCAAAUGAGUAUUGUCCUUCAGAACGCCCAGGAGAACCCAGCGCUUCUUAAAGAGUGA